AUGCUGCGCCAAUGUUGCUGCAGCUGCCGAACGCUGGCGUCGCGCGGGUCUGGGACGACGCUGAGAGCUCGACAGCUCUCCCGCCUGCAGCCAUGGUCCUCCAUGCCCACGACGCCAUCGCAAUCAAAUCGCCUCUACUCUUCGAAACAGCCAAAGCCGGCCGACAAGGAACAACUGGCGAGUCAAUUCAGGGAUCUCCUCUUCUUCCCAAAAAUGUCCCCACGAGAACGAUGGAAGCCUGGAGAGACGGCAGUCACGAUCCAUGGCUUCAUUGGCAAGAUUCGAAAGGUGUCCAAGGAGCUGGCAUUUGCCAACAUUGAGCUCAACAACGGCGAGUUCCAGGGCCAGAUCUGCGCCAAAGGAGUCGAAAAGGCCGACGCCCUCCGCAAAAUCCAGCCCUACAGCGCCGUGACGGUGACCGGCAACAUGACCGACGCAUCAUCACCGACCAAGUUCGACAUGGAAAUCGAGUCGAUCGGCCACCUGAACCCUUUCCCAAAGGACAUUAUUGUCUCAUCCGACGCCGUCUUCCCGGCCGAGGCUCGCCACCUGCAGCUGCGCUUCCACGCCAAGUUGAAGGAAUCGCUGCGCUUCCGUGCCUUUCUGAAGGCAUCCCUAGGACAGACCAUGAGCAAGCUGGGCUACAUGGAUGUGGAGACACCGACGCUCUUCAAGUCCACCUCCGAGGGCGCGCGCGAGUUUCUCGUCCCCACGCGCAGGGCGGGCCAUGCCUACGCGUUGCCCCAGAGCCCUCAGCAGUACAAGCAGGUGCUCAUGGCCGCGGGGCUGGGUGGCUACUAUCAGUUUGCGCGCUGCUACCGCGAUGAGGACCACAGGGCCGACAGGCAGCCCGAGUUUACGCAGAUGGAUCUGGAGAAAUCGUUUGCGACUGGCGAAACGAUUCAAGCUGAUGUUGAAGCGUUUAUGCAGACGACGUGGGACGCCAUGCGCGAGGAGUACAACCGCAAGGACGACGACACAUCCUUUAUCCCUCACAGAAAGAGUGCGCAAAGUUCGGAUGAGCCAUCUGGCGGAGAGCCUGUGUCCUACAAGGAUUACCCAGCCAUUGCAACACCGUUCCGGAGGAUGAAGUACCAGGAAUGCAUGGACUUAUACGGUUCGGACAAGCCCGACCUCCACAUCCCGAACCGCAUCGAACGGGUCGACGGCCAUCUGAGCCCCGGCUUCGUCAGCAUGAUCACUGAUCUCGAGAAACCCAUCGUUGAUGCUUGGGUGUUCCGGCCACAUGAGGAUGCGGACCGAAAGGAGGUCCAUGAGUUUAUGCAAAACUUUCUGCAGAACCUUCACAAGAGCCACUCGCAGAACCCGGAUGGCGCGCCCCAAGCCCUGAUGUACGACACAAGCAAGCCCCUCGAGGGCUUCUCUGCCCUGGGUCCCGACGGUCUCAAGACUCUGCAAGAUGCUGCCUCGCCCGAGUCUGGGCUGUCAACACUUGAGAAUGGUGACGUCGUCGUCUUCCAGGCGCGUCAGGACCGCCCUCACCAGGGCGGCUCGACCAAGCUCGGCGAGGUCCGCAUCGCCCUGUACCACGCCGCCAUCGAGGCUCAGCUCCUCGAGCGCGACGACAGCUUCCAGUUCCUCUGGGUGACCGAUUUCCCCAUGUUCACGCCCAACGAGGAGGUCGACGUCGGCCAGGGCGGCUCCUCGGGCUUCUCUGCCACCCACCACCCGUUCACGGCGCCUCUCACGGCCGGGGACCUCGAUCUCCUCUUCACAGACCCGCUGAGGGCCAAGGCCGACCACUACGACCUCGUCCUCAACGGCGUCGAGCUCGGCGGCGGCAGCAGGCGUAUCCACGUCGCCGCCAUGCAGGAGUUCAUCUUCCGCGACAUUCUGCAGAUGACGAAGCCCAAAAUGGCCGAGUUCUCGCACCUGCUGAAGGCGCUGCGGGCGGGCUGCCCACCGCACGCGGGCUUCGCGCUGGGCUUUGACCGGUUCGCGGCGGUGCUCAGUGGUUCGAGCUCGGUCAGAGAUGUGAUUGCGUUUCCCAAGAACAACAAGGGCGUCGACGAAUUUGCUGGUGGACCGGGGAAAAUUAGCGACGAGCAGCUGACGACAUAUCACCUGCAGUUGCGGAAGAAGUAG